AUGUCCCUCGUUAAUGAGACCAACGUUGACCACCGCGUCAGUGAGGACUCGAAGGAGCCCCGCAACCAAGCCAUCCCGCUUGGUGAGCCUGUCAGCCUGCUAGGCAAAGGCAGUCCGGGUGUUCGUCGUAUCGAAAUCAUUACAUCACACUUCCGAUUUUGGGAUCGGAUCUUCCUCUUUAUUGCUAUUUUCUUGAUCGCUUAUGUGUAUGGCUUGGAUGGAACUGUUCGUUACACGUACCAGCCCUAUGCUACUCAGAGUUACGGCGAACACAGUCUUCUUGCGACCAUCAAUGUUCUCCGAGCCGUCAUCGCUGCUGCUGCACAGCCCACUGCGGCAAAGGUUGCAGAUGUAUUCGGCAGAGUGGAACUUAUCCUUCUUUCGAUCGUCUUCUAUACCGUGGGUACUAUAGUGGAGGCAUGCGCAACGACUUUGGAGGCUUUCGCUGCGGGGGCUGUUAUCUACCAGAUUGGAUACACCAGUAUUAUGCUUCUAGUCGAAGUUCUAAUCGCCGAUGUGACUUCCAGCCGAUCUCGUCUUCUUUUCUCCUACAUCCCGGCCUUGCCGUUUAUUAUCAAUACCUGGAUCAGCGGCAACUUGACAGAUGCCGUUCUCAAGAUCACCACAUGGCGAUGGGGCAUCGGCAUGUUUGCUAUAAUCUAUCCCGCAUGUGCUCUCCCUCUUAUUGCAGUCCUUUUUAUCGUCAACCGACGCGCGAAGAAGACUGGGGCACUUGAAUCUUACAAGAGCUCUCUCCAGCUGCUAGGAAAAAAGAAACUGGCUGUAGAACUGUUCUGGCAUCUGGACAUCGUCGGAAACAUUCUGUUGAUUGCCAUGCUGGCAUGUAUUCUUGUUCCAUUCACCCUCGCUGGAGGCGUAAGUGCACAGUGGAAGACAGCGAAGGUAAUUGCGCCACUUAUCAUAGGCUUUUUGCUGAUCCCGGUCUGGAUUUUCUGGGAGAGAACCUGCCAAUACCCGAUGCUGCCAUUCAAGCUUCUCAAAGACCGUGCUGUCUGGGGCGCCCUUGGAAUCCCCAUUAUGCUCAACACUGCGUGGUACCUGCAAGGAGAUUUCCUGUACACAGUUCUCUACGUGAGCUUCGACGAAUCAAUUCUCAGUGCGACUCGGAUCACAUCUCUUUACAGUUUUGUUUCUGUUAUUACUGGCGUUAUUCUCGGCCUCAUUGUUAUGAAAGUUCGCCAAUUGAAGCCCUUCAUCGUGGCCGGAACCCUCCUCUUCAUGGUUGCAUUCGGAAUCCUCAUCUAUUUCCGAGGUGGUGUUGCGCACUCCAGUCAUUCAGGCGUCAUUGGUGCGCAAGUUCUGCUGGGUAUUGCUGGUGGAAUGUUCCCUUACCCAGCUCAAGCCAGCAUUCAGGUUGCGUCUAAGCACGAACAUCUUGCCGUGAUAACUGGUAUCUACCUCGCCGCUUACAACAUCGGCAGCGCACUUGGAAAUACUGUCUCCGGUGCGAUCUGGAACCAAGUCUUGCCUUCUGAACUGAAUCAUAGACUCGGCAACGAAACACUCGCUGCGUAUGUCUACGCCCAGCCUCUUGCAUUUGCGGCGGUCAAUCCCGUGGGUACUCCCAACCGAGACAACGUCAUUCUCGCCUACCAGAAAACACAGCGUCUGCUAUGUAUUACGGGUAUCUGCUUAACAGUCCCUUUGAUUGCCUUCGCCUUAGUUAUUCGCAACCCGACACUCACGAGGGAGCAGAGUCUGGUUAAGGCGGAGAGUGAGAGCGGUGAUUCCGACUUUCCUCGGUGA